CUUCCACAACGCCAGCUCCACGGACGUGGCGGUGAUGGCCCUGCUGGGCGACUUGGAGACCCACUCCCUGGCCUGCAGCACCUGCAAGAUCCGCUUCCUGCAGCCCUGGGCCCAGCAGGGCCUGACCCCAAAGCAGUGGCAGGACCUGGAGCUGGUGAUCCAUCACUAUCUAUUCAACUUCAACCGGAUUGUGAACAGAAUAGCCCACAGCACGGAAUGGGCUACCCCUUUGUUACCCAGGUCUCCCUCGGCUGCGAGAUGCACCCCAACGGCACCUCGAGGGGAUUCUAUGAUGCCGCGGGGAACGGCGAGGACAUUGUGAGCUUCGAAGCAGACACAGGCAAAUGGGUCGCUCGGCAGGGGGACAAGCUGGCGCUCUACGCCCGGGAUCUUCUGAAUCAGGAUAAGGGCACAGCCAUCACGCUUCAGUUUCUCCUGAGAACAACAUGUGUCAAUCAACUCAAUAGCUUUGUCCAGCAUGGGAAAGAGUCUCUGGAGAGGCAAGAGCGGCUGGUCGCUGUGGUGUUUGCCCAAGCGCCUCCCCCAGCCGGGACCCCCGCGCCGGUACUGCUGGUUUGCCGGGUCACUGGUUUCUACCCCCGGUCCGUCCGCGUGGCCUGGCUGCAGGACGAGGAGGAGGUGACGCCGGGCUGGUGGCUGAACUCCAGCGGGAUCCUGCCCAACGCGGACCUGACCUACCAGCUGUGCAGCUCCCUGGCCGUGGGGCCGGGCGCCGGGCACAGCUACGCCUGCCGGGUGCAGCACAGCAGCCUGGGGGGCCAGAGCCUGCUGAUCCCCUGGGAGCAGAGCAGGCCCUGGGGCCCUGGCCUGGCCGUGGGCAUCACCCUGGGGGUUCUGGCCGUAGCCGCCGUGGCCGUGGUGCUGUGGUGGACCAGACGCAGGGGCUACCAGGACGUUAGACCAGGGGAGUCCAGUGCCUGAGGGGGCAGCACCGGCCCAGGCGUGGGAGUCGGCCCCUCUCCUGGGAACUUGGACCUGUGCCCUGCUGUAAGCGAUUUGUCCUGAACCAGCACUCUCUGUUGAGACCCACCAGAACCGCAUCGUUACUGCAGCUUAGUCAGCAGGAUCCGCAGAACCAGGUCAAUGAAGCUGUGGCUCAGAACCCCAUGCUAUCCCCAUUGGUAUCGUUGGUUAAAGAUCAGUGACCUUGAGCCAGAAAGCACCCGCAGAAGCAAUGGAACUGCAAGCCCUGAGAGACAGCCUAGAACAUCAACAACAAGUGGCAGAAACGCGACUGAGAGAGAAGCAAGCCCUGGCCAAGCUGGAAAUAGAAGCUGCUGAAAGAGGAACGGGCUCGUAGGGAGCGUUUGCAGCUGCUGGCUGCUGAGGAGGGUUCGCCAGAUGCAACAGAAGCUGCCAGACUCCAGCUCCACGUUAAAAGAGCAAGGGUAGAACAGCAGAAACUGAGAGCCAGGUUCUAACAGGGUUGGUAUGUUUGUUUCUCUGAGCAGUGUGUGUUGAACCAGUUUUGCUAUGGCCAGGGAGAGAGUGACCGCUUCUUGGUGCCCCCAGGGCCGCCCCUAGGAUUUACGGGGCCCUAUGCGGUAUUGUUAAACUGGUGCCCCUGUGCCUGACGGCAGCCUGGGCUUGCAGCCCGGUGGGACGGGGGCGGAGGGACAAGGCAGAAAGAAUAACAAGGUGCCCGGCCCGCCUCACGGUGGCAGAGAGUCACAGUUCCCCGCAGAGACCCCUGUACCCUCUCCCUCACGCAGAAUGGACGUGCAGAA